AUGGCAACUGCCCCAAACCCAGCUGCUGACAUCAUCCCGCAGCUGCCCAAGAGAGGAGGGGUUCCCCACUGCACCAGGGCUACACUCUCCAGCUUCCACUACACCAGGUUUGAGGACAGCACGGCCCCAGGCCAGGCUCGGUCACCUCCCGCCCGGCCCCAAAUCGGCUUAGGGCGGCCCGUGCGGCCAGCAAGAUUAGCUCAUCUCCGAAGCCAGCCUGUACCCUUUGUCGCCCCCCUUCCCAUCUCCAGCUCAGCCUCCUCCUUAGCAAAGGCAGCGGGAGCUCCCGGGGUGCGCCCGUGCCAGGGCCCAGGCUGGCGCCCUGGGCCCGCCCUCCGGCCUGGCCCACCCCGGAGCCCCGGGGCACCGGCCGCCAGGGCCUUGCCGUGGGAGGGAAGGAGGCAGCGCCGGGCGCGGCAGGCCUGGAGGCGUCUUUUGUGGGGCGAAGCUGCGCCCUCCGCGCCCGGGGGGAGGGGAGGAAAGACACCGCGCGGCCGGGGUCCCGGGGAUGGUGGGAGGCGGGACAGGGCCGCGGCCGGGGCUGCAGAUCCGGGACUCCUGGGGCGGCCCCGGCAGGGGGGACACCGGCACUGCAGUGCCCGCCCCCGGCCCCCGGCAACCCCGCGGACACUCACAUGGCUGCGCUGGGUUGCGAGGACCUCGCGCUGUCUGUGCGCUCUCGCUGCCCGGCCUGGUCGCGCCGCAGCUGCCGCUGUCGCCGCCGCCGGCGCCUGCCCCUCCCUCCGCCCCGCCGCCUGCCGCGCGCCCCUCCCCUGGCCCGCUGAGCCCCACCCCCUGGGCUCCCGCGGCGCCCGCACCCCUGGAGGCGCCCGUGGCUCACUCCGCCCUCUGUGGGUAACGGCGCCCGCGCGUGGCCGCGGAGUCCACGGGCUCGCAAAGAAUGGGGACCCUGGGGACGCGAGGGUGUCCUGGGGGAAAGGAUCGCGUUGUGGGAGCACCACACAGACUCUUAAGACGGCGGGAGGGGGCACACUGGGGCGCCCUCGUGCCCUUCUGAGAUCCCAGACAACACCUGCCAUAGACCCUGGGAGCCGCCACUCCUGGGGUGGGCUGGUUGGAGGGAAGGCAGCAGGGAGGCCAGCAACCCCACCAUCCCACACUUCGUGGGUUCAGAGCAGCUCUGCCUCUUCCCCUGCCUCAGUUUCCCCACUGUAGGCGCAGGUUGCGUCUUCUGCCACUGUUGGGCCAGACCAUGUACCACUACUCAUUGGGUACCGGUUUCAGGAAACCUCAGGCUUUGCUCCUGGGGCAUGGAUGGGACUCUGCCAGGGUCUGGGUCCCCACUGUCUUGAGACUGGUGUUAGGGAGGGAAGCAGAGCCCCAGCCUCCCCAAAGUCAAGGCUGGAGCGCAGGCCCUCCUAGGAUUGGGUUAAGGUGGAGCUGAGAGUUGACCCACACUGGGGACAAAGGGGCAGCUCCACUCCCACACCCCUAUCAGUCAGACACCUCUGCCCUCUCUGGCGCGUGCCCUGCUUCAGGCGUCUCCAGGCCCUGCACCCUGCAGCUGGGCCAGCAGUCCUGGGGUCCGAAGGGCCUGGGGGCACUGACAUCCUCUUCCUCCCUAGCCCUUACCAGAGAUAUCCCCCACAAUCGCUCCCAGUCCUCUGCCCUCCAGCCUCCUCUGUGCCCCCCUUUUGCGGUGCUAAAACGUGGCCUCUGCUCCCAGGGGCUGGGUUUUCCUUUGUUUCUCUGGCCCUAAAAUGUCGUCCAGUCCCAGGGCGCCCAUCCAUCCACGGCCGACCUCCCCAGUCUGUUCUGUGCCCAGAGCCCCAGAUGCCCUCUCCUGGUGACCCAGCAGUCUUCGUGGCCAUCCCCGGACGUCCUCUCCGUCCUUCGUGCUCAGCCCUGCAAAGCACCCCUGUCCCUCCACGUGUCCUCCAGAGGCUGGGCCUCUCCGGGGCUCUCAGAACCGGCACCAGGCAGCCCCUGCCCACCCCCAGCACCACCCCUGAGCAUCUCCGGGGACGGCCUGCCCAUCUGACCCCCUGCCAGCUUCAGGUUGGUCCCCCUGGCAGUCUCACCGGGGCCAGGCAGCGUGCCUGCCCGUGGGUGCUGGGGUGCCUAACUUAGCCUGCCUGUGGGUCUCUGAGCCAUGUAGGGGCAGCAACCACAGAGGUCGUUGUGCCCACUGCCCUGGCUGACAGUGGGGGUUCGAGAAAUAUCUGUUGAAUGAACAAGUGAAUGACCCAUAACCGCAGGAGCUCUUGGGAUUCUCCUUUCUCCUACCCUCCCCGCCUCCUGAUUCCACCUCCUGAGAGCAUCUCCUUCCCCACCCCCGCCCCCUCCCAGUGCCUCCUGGGUACUCUGGGCAGGGAGGUGUGCCAGCCUCUGGGGUGGCGGUGGCAGAACUUGUCCCUGUCCCGUUAUGCAGGGCUCCUCGAGGCGCGCUCUGAGGAAGUGUCUCUGUCUGGGAUGCCGGGAUCCCACUUCCAGAAAAGUCCCACUUCGAAGGGGCUGUUCCCUUCCCUUUCAUGGUCCCCCAGCCACGCUGUCCCGUCUCUGUCCUGUCUCCAUUGUCGCAGCUCAUAGCCGGGUCUCUGCUGUCAUCUUGUCUGGCCUCGCUACUAUUAUUCCCCACCUAUUUGGGGGCCGGUGCUGUCCUGCCUUCUGCUGCGGCUCCCUGGACGUGGUCCCGCCUCUGGCCUCUGCCUGCCCUCUCAGCCCACCUGCCUGCUAUUGACCUCCCCUUAUCCACCUGGACAACAGCUCAACGUCCCCUCAUCCAGGAGACCUGCGUCCUCUGCCCCCCCCCUUAAAGCCCCCAGCCCUGACUAUUGUCUAGGCCUGUGAGCACCAGGACCGACUACACCUGAGGACCCACCUGGCUGUCUCCCCUGCCCAGGGGCCACGAGGGAAGGGCAGUGCCUGAGGACCAUGGUGGCUGGAGCCUCCGAGGCCUCUGCCUAACAGCCCAUGAGCUGGGCAGGGAAGGACACAGCUGACGGUCCCCUGUCCUGGGGCUCAGGGGAGGCAGGAACUUUCCACGUCAUGGGAGAAGGGAAGGGGCCGAGCUCCAUCAUGGCUCCCUGAGUCACGGUCGGUUUGGCUCUGAGGCAGGUCUCAUUCCCUGAGCACAUCCUGUGCCCGGCACUAGGCUUGGGUCCUGGGCCUUCUGACCUCUAGUGCAUGUUCUAGGGGGCCGGACUCCAGCCUGCGGAAAGUCCCUCCCACUGGGGGCAGAGGCGGAGUGUGGAGGGAGAUGUGGUGAACUGCCAUCCUCACCCAUGGCGCUGCAGGUUCUGUUUCCAGAGUAGCACAGUUCAGUCCCAGAACGCAGAAAACCUGGGGCCACACGUGCAGGACCCUGCAGCACCCCCUCCCCCCACACACACACACACGGGGUGGGGAGGUUUUAGCUCUGGUCUGCACCUCCCCCCACAGCUUUCUGUGAGAAGUCGGAACAGAAACCUGCCCUUCUGGCGCUGUGGCACAGCGGGUUGAGCUGCUGCUUUCGACGCUGGCAUCCCAUAUGGGUGCUGGUUUGAGUCCUGGCUGCUCCACUUCUGAUCCUUCUCCCUGCUAAUGCACCUGGGAAACCAGGGGAAGAUGGCCCAAGUCCUUCCACCCCUGCCACCUGCGUAGAGUUCCUGGCUCCUGACUGUAGCAUGGUCCAGUCCUGAGCCACUGGGGAGUGAACCAGCAGAGGAAGAUAUUCUCUCCUCCCACCAACUCUGCCUUUUGGAUAACUCUCUGCUAUGGCCUGGGAAAACAGUAGAAGAUGGCCCAAAUGUUCGGGCCCCUGCACCCACGUGGGAGACCCAGAAGAAGCUCCUGGCUCCUGGCUUCGUAUCGGCACAGCUCUGGCCAUUGCAGCCAUCUUGGGAUUGAACUAGUGGAUGGAAGACCUCUCUCUCUCUCUCUCUCUCCUCUCUGAAACUGUGCUUUUCAAAUAAAUAAAAUAAAAUCUUAAAAAAGAAGA